AUGUCUCAUUUGAAGAAGGAAUGGAGUUCGGCGCCUGGCGCCAACACCUACGUUGCGUUCAAAGAUAGCGACAGUGCCGGCAGCUUUGUGCUGGAGAAUAUUGAGGACGAUGAAAGUUCGACGAUGAUGGAAGCCACCAUCAAUCAGUAUCACGCUGCACUUGAACAGAUAAUCAAAAAGAAUGCUGUUGUUGGAACUGUAACACAGUUGCUGAAGGUAUAUUUAGCUUAA